AUGGGCAAUACAGCAUCCUCAGGGCCCAAAAUUACGCCACAGGAUAAAGCGAUUUUGCAACUGAAAUUGCAAAGAGAUAAGCUUCACAAAGUGUCGGUCAAAAUUCAGACGGUCAUUGACAGAGAGACAGAGAUCGCCAAGCAAUGCGUCAAACAAAAUAAUCGUAGGAAAGCCCUCCUGGCAUUGAGGAAGAAGAAAUAUCAACAAAACCUGCUUUCAACAGUGGAAAAGCAAGCUGAAACGCUGGAAGAGCUGAUAAAUACAAUUGAGUUCAAGCUUAUCGAAAAAGACUUUGUUUACGGCCUCGAACAGGGGAAUCAAGUCCUCAAACAGUUAAACAAAGAAAUGAGCAUAGAGAAAGUGGAUAAAAUAUUGGACGAUUCAGAAGAGGGAAUCAGAUACCAGGAAGAGUUGAGCAAUAGACUGGGAGAGCUUAUGUCCAAGAGUCUAGAAGAUGAGGUGGAUCUGGAACUCGAGGAACUGGAAAAACAGGAGAGAGCAAAGGAGGCUCCUCAAAAAGAUGUUGCGGCCCAGCUUCCAGAAGUUGUCAACAAACCUCUGCCCGAUAUCAAAAUGGAGCAACCAGAGGAGCGCGAAGAGGAGCAACCUGCCCCACUACCUGCAUGA